AUGAACUGCUGGACCCGAGAAGCUGAUGACGGGAGCGCCGUGGAGGUCAUCAAGCACACGAGCGCGUGGGUGAAGGUGAGCGAGAAUAAGCUUGCAUGCUGCUGUUCCGAGCCAGUCAUGGUAAAGAAAGCUGGGCUGUCGACGCUGGCCAAGAUCGUGGCCAUCAUGUGUAGCAGGAAUUCCGUCCCAAUGUCUUUCUUUGCCGAACGUCGCACAGUCGUAAGUCGAGGGCAGCAGCGCGACGAGAGCUUUUGGGAAUGA